AUGCCUGUUCCUUUUGAGGCACUGCUGCCUAUGGGCAUUGUUGCUGGCCUGUUUGCCGUCACUGGUACAGGUUACAGCUUGGUCUCCCGUCUUGCCAACGAGGGAAAGCCGAUGCGUCACAACCUGGACGAGUGGGAGCGUAUGAUGAUGCGCCGUGAUUUCCGUUUGACGGGUAGCAAGCGAGGACAAUCGCGCGAAGCUGUGGCCCCUCCCGAGUUUGCGACAAAUAGCGCGUGGGGCUCGGAGCAAGUAUAA